UGGGACUUGUGGUGCCGGAGAAGGGACUCGCUAGUGAGAAACGCAGAGAGAGUGGUCUCUACUUUGCCUGCUUGGGUAGACUGUUCGGACGUCCCCCGGGGGUGGGCCAAACACGUUUCUUAGGAAACCAGGCAUCAAAGGCAGGCAGAAUGGCUUCCUUUGGGUGGAAGAGGAAAAUUGGUGAGAAGGUUUCAAAGGUCACUUCCCAGCAGUUUGAAGCUGAAGCUGCUGAUGAGAAGGAUGUAAGUGACAAUGAUGAAGGGAACUGGCUUCAUGCCAUUAAACGUAGGAAAGAAAUUCUCCUUGAAGACUGUGCUGAGAAAAGUAAACAACUGAAGGAUGAAGGAGCCAAUUUGGCUGAAAAUAAAAGAUACCGAGAGGCAAUCCAGAAGUGGGAUGAAGCACUGCAAUUAACCCCAAAUGAUGCUACCCUGUAUGAGAUGAAAUCACAGGUCCUAAUGUCUCUUCAUGAAAUGUUCCCAGCAGUACACGCAGCAGAAAUGGCUGUCCAGAGAAAUCCACAUUCAUGGGAGUCUUGGCAAACUUUGGGACGAGCUCAACUUGGAUUAGGGGAGAUAAUCCUGGCAAUUCGAAGUUUUCAAGUAGCCCUUCACAUCUAUCCAAUGAACCCUGAAAUAUGGAAAGAAGACCUUUCUUGGGCAAGAACACUCCAGGAGCAGCAGAAGGUAGCACAGAGGAUUAAAGAAAGUGAAGCACCUGCUGAAGUAACACGUUUUUCACCAAAGUCGAUUCCGGACUACGACUUUGAAAGUGAUGAGAUUGUUGCUGUUUGUGCGGCUAUUGCUGAAAAACAGAAGACAGUUUCAGCAAAUAAAACAAUGGUUAUUGUGUCGGCUUCUGGGACUGUUGAGACUGUAACUGAGAAAGAAGAUGGUGGUACGCCACCAGAUGGCUCUGUUUUUAUCAAAGCCCGAUGAAGCAGUAUGCCUAGAGGAAUUCUGUGAAUCUGCUUUUUUUGAUUGCCACUUAAAGGUUUGACAUAGGGACAUUUACUCGGGAGACAAUGGGCAAACUCCUGUUUGUAAAAUAAGUUUUUCAGGUGAGGCAUAUAAAAACUAAGUGAUAGAAUUAUUGUAUAGUGUUUGGGCUGAGCUUUGAUAAAUUAUAAUUUAUAUUUCUUAAGAUUAGAAUUCUGAGUAAGCUACUUUUUGAUUAAUACGCUUAUUUUAAUCUGAAUAUAUAAAUGAAUACAUUUUAAAGACACAACUGGAAAAGUGUAUUCUUCAAUAGUGAAUAACUUGGCUAAUGUUAUUAAAAUGUUGACUCAACUUUUGUUUUAUGAUAAAGGAAGUGGGUAAUUUAUUUCCCUCCUUAGAAAUAUACUGCUGUUACUAUUCACUCUUUCAUUUUUCUUUCUUCACUAGAGUCUGUCACAACACUUGAAUAUUUUUGACAUUCAUUUUGACUCAAAGUUGUCAUUUGGUUAUAUGUGGAAUCUUUGAAAGUUUGGCUGAAAAUGCAUGCAAAUAUGUACAUUCUGAACAUUUUCUGAAGUUUCUCUGAAUUCUUAUUUGUGUCUCUUGACUUUAAAGUUAUAAUAAUGAUAGUUGUCUCUUUCAAUAUGUUAGAUGUGUGAAAUGUAGAUAAAUGUCAGAAUGAUAGUCUUACUUUUUAAGUUGUUGUAGUAAGUAGUCAAUACCACAAGAGAAUCAUUUUUUAAAUGUGCAUUUUUAAAUGAAUAGCUUUUACAGAUAGAUUAUGGCAAAUUGGACUGCUAUGUUAUCCCAGUCAAAAGCAGUAUUUUCUUUUUCUUGUUUUUAAAAGCUUAAAGAACACUGAGAUCAAUUUAUUUCUUACUUGUAACUUCUCAGCUGAUGAUGUGGAAUUAACCUUUCAAGAUAACUUUUUUUGGAACUACCCAGUGGAAAAAAAAUAACUACAAUUUUAAAUAGCUAAAUUAUAUCUUUAUAAAAAUUAAAAAGGGAGAUUAUUAUUAGAGUGCCAAUGAGUGAAUAACAUAGGCACAAAACAUAUAGAAACUGGAAUGUGAUUUAUAGAACAGUCCUGGGAGAGUAAGAAGGCUAUAUUGAAGAAAUAUUUUAUUGAAAGACCACAAUUACAGUCACAAAUCAAUACUGUCAUUGCUAAUGUGAACUAUUAUUUUUAUACUCUAUAUUGUUGUAUGGUUAUACAGACCUGUUGGGUACUGUUACUUCUGACACUCAGGAAAGUAUUAUUGGUGUAAAAUUAAUGUUAUCAAUUUUAGAGAUGAAAGUAGGCUACUUUAUGUUAACUGUUGGAGCAUGUAAGUAAUGGUCUACAUUUUUAUGAGGGUGAUUGUUAAAACUUUUGUUUUUAGUGGAAUGCAUAUCUCUUUUUAGAGUUGGAGAAAUCACCACUUGCCUUGAAAAUAAUAUUUUCCCUAUGUUGUAUUACCAGAAAAUCAGCUCUGUUUGGAAAAGUUAGUUUCAGAGUGAUAAAAAAUAUAUUAAUUAUUUUAUUUAAUUUAAUUAGGAGUAUUCUCAAAAGGUAGAGAGGUAUCUAGAGAAAUGAGUACUCAACAUUUGGUGUGUUGUUUUGGGUAAUGGAUGUUUAUUGUGUAAUUUGUGAAUAAAUAGCUUUGCAUUUUGAAGAUUA